CUCUCCAUUGAUUAGUCCUACUUCAUAUUCAGAGAUCAUGCCUCAAUGUCCAGAGAAAGGGAGAGAUUUGAUGAGAUAGGCAAGAAGAUAAAGAGGGAAGGAGAUGAUUCAUCUCAAAAGGGAAGAAGACACAUGUUGAGCUCUCCAGGAACGCUAAACACCACUACCCCUUGUGCUGCAUGUAAGCUAUUGAGACGAAGAUGUGCACAAGAAUGCCCCUUUUCUCCAUAUUUCUCUCCCCACGAGCCCCAGAAGUUUGCUUCUGUCCACAAAGUCUUUGGUGCCAGCAAUGUCUCAAAGAUGCUGAUGGAGGUGCCCGAGGGUCAGAGAGCCGAAGCUGCAAAUAGUCUAGUUUAUGAGGCAAAUGUAAGGCUAAGAGACCCAGUUUAUGGAUGCAUGGGUGCAAUUUCUUCUUUGCAACAACAAGUUCAAUCUUUACUAGCUGAAGUUAAUACCGUAAGGGAAGAAAUACUUAAAUACAAACUCAGGGAAGCUAACAUGAUACCCUCCUCUCAUGUGAUCAUGCUACCUUCCUCAGAGGCUGUAUCUAUAUCUGCUCCUCCACCUCCAACACCACCAACACUUCCUCUUCCUACAACUUCUUCCUCUUCUUCCGUUUACACCCAACAGACGGUUCAUACCAAUUAUAGCAUAUUUUCAAAUGAUAAUAUUUCCUAUUUUGGUUAA